AUGGAGUUCGGAAUCCUGACGGACCAAAUACUGUCCAUAUUGAAAGAGAGGAAUCUCAUAGCCAAGAAGGAUGUGAUUGAAUCUGCUUUGGGGGAUCCGACUACCGGUCGCAACAAUGCGGAGUGGGUGUCGAGGCAUCUGCAACCAGAGACUCUACUCUCCAGAGAGGAACUGCACCUUACCGGUCUCCUCCAGCCCAUUCUUCGCGACCCCAUUCUGAAAGCGACGCGCCCCUUUCUAGAAGACGACAUCCGAACGGCGAUCAAAUCUCUCGAGUCAUCGACCAAUACUAUUCAGAAACAGACAGAAAUAUUUUCACGACAGUGCGAGACACUCAAAAGCCAAUUGCGACGGCAAGGACACUUGGAUCAAGAACGAAGUCGGGACAUCCGACGGCUGCGGAAGAAACAUGAAGCUGGGAGUCAAAACACAACGAUUGCGGCCAACGAGCUUGCCGACGAACUAGAGACGAGGUUCCGAAACGCGAUGGACAAAACGGGGGCAGCAAACAAACGAAUUCUCUCCUCGCUGUCUGCUCAACUAAAGCAAGAUGAUAAGGUUCUUGCGAGUCUAGAGUCUCUCAUAUCCGGCACCAAGUCAAAUGGCAGCGAUGCAUCCGCCGUCAAGCGGACCGCCGAUCUGAGUGCAAUGCUGGCUGAGACCACUGCACAAGAGAUCCACUACCGCUUAGACCGAUUGUAUCUGGAAACAAUACAAUGGAGCAUGUCUGACUAUAGUCAAGAGGCUGUAGAGAACGACACGUUAUUAGCACUUGAAGAAGAACUGGAAUCUCUCUAUCCUGAAAUUGAGGUCUUGGCCGAAAUGUCCACGAAGCAACAAUACCAUGAACCCAUCCUUCAGGAGAUUCACCAUGAACAUGGACAACGUCGGGCAGCAUCGCAGCAAAAGCUGGAACAGACACUCGAUAUCUUAAUCGAUAUGACCUUGUCCAGGCAGACAUUAACGAAUCAGCUCGGGGAACGCGAAUCUUCAAGUGAAUUAUUAGAGCAGCUCGCUUCACUGUUUCAGGCCGAAGCAGCCAUUAUGCUGGUGACUCCGACGUCUUCUCGACGGGAGUCUCUUCGACGGCGAUCAAUGCAGCCUGGUGCUAUCCUUGCGGUCGGUCGCAACCCGGCUCCGGCGCCUGAACAACCUAUUCUAGAGGGUCUUCUGCGCCGUGUCGGCUUCUCCCCGAAUCUGUACUGCGGCCACGUGCGGAGGGUGGCAGUGCUCGAGAACUCCACGAGAAGCGGAUGCACAUGUCGGAAACAUUACGGAGUCUCGGGGCAGCAGUAG